AUGGCUGGCACAGUCCAAGGUGAUUACGACGCAGCCUUCGCGCCCGUCAAGGAUCUGUUGCAGAAAUUCAUAGACGCAGGCGAAGAGCUGGGUGCAUCCAUCACAGUCAACAUCGACGGGCGCAACGUCGUAGAUAUAUGGGGCGGCCAUCGCGACACAGCCCGCACAUCUCCCUGGACCCGCGACACCGUCACAACUGUCUGGUCGACAACGAAGGCCGUCACGAACCUUGCGGCCCUGAUGCUUGUUGACCGCGGCCAGCUCGACCUUUUUGAAAAAGUAGCCACCUACUGGCCCGAGUUUGCCGCGAAUGGGAAACAGGACAUCGAAGUCCGGCAACUCCUCGCCCACACCUCCGGUGUGUCUAGCUGGGAACACAACAUCAACCUGGCGGAAUUGUACGAUCUGAAAAUUUCCACCGAGAGAUUGGCAGCGCAGAAGCCGUGGUGGGAGCCGGGAACUGCGUCUGGCUAUCACAUGCAGAACCAGGGUCAUUUGGUUGGCGAAUUGGUGCGCCGGGUCAGCGGGAAAUCGCUCAAGCAGUUCAUCGCUGAAGAAAUCGCGGGGCCGCUGGGAGCCGAUUUCCAAUUAGGUGCAGCGGAAUGCGACUGGGAACGAGUCGCUGAAAUCGUGCCCCCGCCCCCUCUCGAUUUUGACUUCUCCAAGUUGCCUGCCGACAGCCCUGCCUUCAAGACAUUCACUGGCCAACCUGCCAAACCCGAAACAGCAAACACGCCGAUGUGGAGAAAAGCGGCAAUCGGUGCCCUCAACGGCCACUCGAACUCACGGGGAGUCAAUGGAGUUCUCUCCGCUAUAACUCUUGGUGGGGAAGUUAAUGGUGUUCAGCUUUUGUCGCAAAAAACGAUAGAUGUAAUCUUUCAGGAACAGGCCAGUGGCCCCGACCUUGUGCUUGGCAUUCCGUUACGCUGGGGAAUAGGAUACGCUCUACCGCUGAAGCCGAUGCCCUUCUUUUUACCCGAGAAUACCGAACGUAUCUGCUUUUGGGGGGGCUGGGGUGGAUCUAUCGCGAUCAUGGACCUUGAGCGUCGUAUGACCAUUACAUAUGUUAUGAAUAAAAUGGCUGCCGGUGUCAUAGGCUCGAACCGUAACGAUGCCUAUGUUAAGGCAAUAUACGCUGCCGUCGCACCUAUGUGA